AUGCCGCGCCCAAAAAGAACGCGUCGCGCACCUGCCCAAGCUGUGGCCGCCGUAGCUGCCGCUGUGGCAGAGGACAAAUCGAGUCCCGCGCCUGCCUCGGGCAGCGAUAUUUACAGUCACAGCGAUCGCGAACGUUCGGUCAUCAGGAAGGAACAUGAGGAGGCGACGAGCAAGCGCAUGAGCAGGAGCACCAGUCUGCGCACGAGGCAGGCGCAGAACGAGGUUGAAGGCGCAUCAGGCGACGAUGCAGAAUCUGCCAAGAACCCGGAGGGAAAGCAGACGAGCGAUCAACAAAAGUCCGAAUCUUCAGUUGAGGCGGGAAGGAAGACGCGCGCGACACCGGCCAAGCAACGAAGAGAUACUUCAGGCCUGGAUAUGGACGACGACUUGUUCGGACUCGACACCACGCUGGACGACGAUGACGAUGCGGCUGCCGCACCGCCGAGCGCGCCUCGCUCCGACACCUCGACCUUUAGUGUUAGUAACUUUAGGCGUCGGGGCCGCGCGCCGAGCAUCAGCAUCAACAAGGACGACGCCCCGAUCAGGCCCAGCAGUCGCGGAAUCAGCACCCCCGGUAUCAGUUCCAUGUUCAACAUUGGCAACUUCAGGCGCCGUCAGAGAGAGCCGAGUAUUCUGGGUACCGCGCAGAAAGAGCGUGCCCAGCGCCCGCUUGAGCCAUCUUCGGAACCGGGAUCUGGAGACGAAGACGAAGAUGAUUUCAACCCAGAGGCUGAGUCGACGCCGAUCAACAAUCGGCGCAGAACGCAGCCGCCUCCCGCGGUUGAACCCACCUCCGAGUCUGAGGCCGAACCGGUUACCGACUCUCAACAGAUCUUGGCGCCGGAUUCACAGCCCGAGAGGGAGGCCGAAGCUACGUCUAGCGUCAAAUCUCGCAAGCGCAAAAGCGUGGAGAGACACGAUGGUGACGAGCGCCCCGGAAAGGCUUCGCGAACAGAGCCUGAGCCCGAGCUUGUCGAGGAUGACAGCGACUCCUCGUUGUCCGAUCUGCCGUCGCCGGUGAUGACUCCUCCGCGGGUGUCAAAUAUGCCGCGACCUGUCACACCAAAUCAGGAUGAGAUUAUGGCGCCACCCGAGAGCAGUAGUUCAGAGGAUAACGACGCAUGGCCCGAUAUUCACACCCUUGCAAAGCAACGCCGCCGUCGUGUCUCGCUAACAACUCCCAACCGAGAUGGCAAUAUCUCUGACGCUUCUUCACCGCCGUCUCUUACUCAUUCGCCCAACUUUCCCGCAACCCGCAAAAACGCCCAGAAGAAGCAGCAGCAGAAGCAAAAGAAGGUGACGACGGCAGACUUGACAGGUAUGCUCCCUCAAAGACGCCGCAAGAAGAACCGAGAUGCGUUCGACAUGGAGGAGUCUGACGAGGAGGUCGACACAUCAAACCUUGCCCAAGACGACGAUGAGCUCUCUUAUACCGACACACGUACCCGCUCACGGCGGGCAAAGACGACGCCGCUCAACCGCAGCACGGCCAAUAGGCCGCCCUCUCGAGGCGGCAAGACAGCUCAGCCAGCCCCCAAGCCCAGAACUACGUCAAGAAGCAAUCGUCCUUCGGCUCGCACCUAUAGUCGCCGCCUCUCGGACAAAGAGAACCAGGUCGAAGACGAUGAUGAAGGAGCUGCGGCUGCCGGUGAGGCUGAGGAGAGCUUUGCCCCGGCGGAGGACGAGACCCUCGAUGUCGAGGAGGAACAGGACCCAACUCUCGAUGCUGAGGAGCUCAAAAAGGCCGCCAGCAAGUUCAAGGAAGUUGAUCGUUGGGAGCUGGAAUUCGAGGAAGUCACAGAGGGUUCCUCGCCUAAUCGUGACGGUCGGUAA